AUGGCCAAGCGCAAGCGCCCAUCGACCCCUCCCGUUACCACGCAUUCUGCGAAAAAAGCACGAGACGACAGGGCAUCACGUCGCGCAGCUGCUCACGAUACUCGCGACCAAGCUCGGCUAGAUCAGAUCACCACGCUCAAUGCUGUCAGUUCACCUCUCUUACGCCUCCCGGCUGAGUUGAGGAACAUGAUUUUCGCCUACGUCUACACCGGCAUGAUCUACAAAUUUGACGAUUUUGAAAGUUUUGAGACGAAGCCCUCCGAUCAAUAUCGCCGUAUGGCCAGCGGUCGAUGGCUUGAGCAGCAGACAUCAGAUAAAUUACCUCUCACAUGUCGCCAGAUGCAUGCUGAAACGGCUCUACUACCCUACUCGCUCAGUACCUUCCUAUUCGAGGCCGAACUGUUGGUAUUCCGAGGGCUUAAGAACCUGAAAAGGUUUUUGGGGAGGCGAACGAGUGAGCAGAUCAAUGCGAUGGCUAACGUGGAGCUUUGUCAAUGGUCGGACACGUUGAUUAGCUAUUGGUACCAGCAAAACACUGCUGCAUACUGGGUCGCCAAGUUGGAAUUCUUUUCAGCCUCCUACGCCAAGAUGACCUCAAUGGAACGUUACCUGUUCGAUAUUUCUUCUUUCGGGCCAUCUGAUGAUCAGGCGACGCUUUCGUAG